AUGGAAAGCAAGGAAACCCAGUUCGAGUCAUCUUCAGAGGAGAAGAGUGUGAGUGUGCACGAGACAGAGAAUCAGAGUGAGAACGAAAGCCAGAGGUUACAAUCGGAGGCUCUGGCGAAAGCACUAUCUUCGACGCUCACGACCGUCAUUAAAGAGUUCGAUUCAAAAGCUCAGCAAACCUCCACAAGCCAAGACCACCUCUCUCAAUCGCUCGAUCGCCUUACCCGCGAACUUGAUAAGUUGCUAGAAGAUGCGCCGCUGCCGUUCAUAAUGCAGCACGCGGCCAAGAUUUCUGUCGUUCGAAAGAGAGUUUCGUCGUUGAAUUCGGUUUUGAAGUCAGUACAGCGCCGUCUUGACAAUAUAGACCGCAUGCUGUCUGUUGGCGUCUCACACCAACAUCAACAUCAACAACAUGAUAAGGCAACCACAGAACAUUCAGGGCUACAGUAA